AUGGCGUCCAACGAGCUGACGGCAGCAGAGGCGGAAUGGAGACUACAGUUCUCAGCUAUGCAAGCUGCCCUUGCCAAUCUUCAUCUUCCUGUCCCUUCCCAAACCGACGAGGUCAGCUCGGAUGAUGACGAUUGGGAAGGGUGUCUGUCUGGAAACGACGGCCAAGAAGACGUGUGGGACUUCAUAUCCGGCCGCGACGCCGACGACUACAGCUGCGAAUCUGUCGAGGCCGAGACUGCGGGGGAAGACGUGCCUCCUCGAGGCGAUAUCUCGGACUGGUUUCUCGACAAAUCCGCCGUCAUUGCUUUUGAGAACGGCCUGGCACCCGACGUUUUCCAGAGCCAGGUGAUAAACCUGCUGGCGUCUGGCCGGUCAGAUGACGAGCUCCAGGCUGAACUCACGGACCUGAUUGGAUUCGACCAUCUUGAAUUCAUCAUUGAUAUCCUGCCUCGGAAAGGGCGUAUCCUCGCGUCUCUCAAAACCGAUGGCCGUGGCGAGGCUGCCAGCAGUGGUCGAUUGUUAAGCAGGGCCGAACGAGAGGCCGCCCUUACGCAACGGGAUUUUGAGCACAAGACGGCAUCUCUAGCUCCGGCUUCCAAAAGGGAGCCACAGUACCCCCAUGUCUACAGAGCCUAUCACGCCGGGAAUACUCUGAGCUAUUCAGGCAAGAAAUACGGGUUGCCGGUAGGAAGCGAGCGUCGCCAAUUCGAGAAAUACGAAGAGUACUAUGUUCCCGCUGGGCGAAAAGGGGUGCUUGGACCUGGCGAGAAGCUGGUCAAGAUCUCGGACCUUGACGGACUGUGCCGAAACACCUUCAAGGGCUACAAGACACUCAAUCGCAUGCAGAGCCUCGUCUUCCCGGUCGGGUACAAGACAAACGAAAACAUGCUGAUCUGUGCCCCCACUGGCGCGGGUAAAACCGAUGCCGCCAUGCUGACCAUCUUGCACACCAUUGGGCAGCACGUCCUCCCGAAUCCCCUGUACAAUCCCGAGGCAACCGAAUUCGCAGUAGACAUGGAUGACUUCAAGGUUGUCUACGUCGCCCCCAUGAAGGCGCUUGCCGCUGAAGUUACCGACAAGUUGGGGAGGCGUCUCGCAUGGCUGGGCAUCAAGUGCCGAGAAUAUACUGGAGACAUGCAACUCACAAAGUCGGAAAUCGUGCAAACUCAAAUCAUCGUCACCACACCGGAGAAGUGGGAUGUCAUCACUCGAAAAGGGACGGGCGAUACAGAGCUGGUUCAGAAAGUGAGGCUUCUGAUAAUUGACGAAGUGCACAUGCUGCACGAUGAGCGCGGUGCCGUCCUCGAGUCUCUUGUCGCGAGGACCGAACGUCAGGUAGAGAGCACGCAGUCGCUUAUCCGCAUCGUUGGGCUCAGUGCCACGCUGCCAAAUUACGUCGAUGUUGCCGACUUUUUGAAGGUCAACAAGUAUGCUGGGCUCUUCUACUUUGACGCCUCUUUUCGCCCUGUGCCUCUUGAGCAGCACUUCAUCGGCGUCAAGGGCAAAGCAGGCUCCAAGCAAUCCAAGGACAACCUGGACAUUGUCGCAUUCCAAAAGGUUCGAGAAAUGCUCGAACAGGAUCAUCAAGUCAUGGUAUUCGUCCAUUCGCGGCGAGACACAAUGGUCACGGCCAGGAUGCUUCACCAAAAGGCCAUUGAACACAUGUGCAUGGAACUGUUUGACCCGACCAGCCAUCCGAAAUUCGAGCAGGCCUCGAGGGAUAUGAAUUCAUCUCGUGCAAAAGACAUACGGGACUUGCUUUCCAAAGGAAUCGGAAUACACCAUGCUGGGAUGGCUAGAGCUGACAGAAACCUCAUGGAGAGGCUUUUCGCCGAAGGCGUCCUAAAGGUGCUGUGCUGCACAGCUACUCUGGCUUGGGGCGUGAACCUGCCCGCCGCUGCGGUAGUGAUCAAGGGAACUCAGGUAUACAGCGCUCAAGAUGGCAAGUUCGUCGACCUCGGUAUCCUGGACGUGUUGCAAAUAUUCGGUCGUGCCGGCCGCCCGCAAUUCGAAGACACGGGAAUCGGCAUGAUCUGUACGACUCAAGAUAAGCUGCCGCAUUACUUGACGGCCAUCACCGAGCAGCAGCCAAUCGAGUCCAAGUUCUCAUCAAAACUCGUUGAUAAUCUCAAUGCUGAGAUUGCGCUGGGGACUGUGACAUCGGUUCAAGACGCCGUCCAAUGGAUUGGGUACUCGUACCUUUUUGUUCGCAUGCAGAGAAGUCCAACCGCGUACGGCAUUGAAUGGGCGGAAAUCCGGGAUGACCCUACUCUUGUGCAGAGGAGACGACAGCUUGCCAUUCAGGCUGCAAGAACUCUGCAGCAAUGCCAAAUGAUCAUAUUCAACGAGAGGACCGAAGAGCUGCGCAGCAAGGACAUUGGCCGAAUCGCGAGCCAGUACUACAUUCUUCACACAAGCAUCCAAGUGUUCAACACGAUGAUGCAGCCGCAUGCCACUGAAGCCGACAUCCUCAAAAUGAUCAGCAUGAGUGGGGAGUUUGACAACAUUCAGUCCAGGGACAACGAGGCCAAGGAGCUGACGCAUUUCAGGGACAACGUGGUUCCUUGCGAUGUCGACGGGGGCAUCGACACGCCCCAGUCCAAGACCAACAUCCUUCUGCAGUCCUACAUUUCGAGACAGCAGCCGGAAGAUUUCGCCUUGUCCAACGACAUGAAUUAUGUUGCCCAGCAGUCCGGUCGUAUCUGCCGAGCCCUGUUCAUGCUCGCACUGAACAGGAAAUGGGGCCAUCAGUGCCUGGUUUUGCUGAGUCUGUCCAAGUCGAUUGAGAAGAGAAUCUGGCCGUUUCAGCAUCCGCUGCACCAGUUCGACCUGCCCAAGACGGUGCUCAAUCAGCUCGAUUCCAAGGAGAACCUCACCGUGGAGACCUUGAAAGACUUGGAACCCGCCGAAAUCGGCGGUCUGGUGCACAACCACAGCGCGGGCAAGACGAUUGCCAAGUUUCUGAGCAGCUUCCCGACGGUACACGUGGAGGCAGAGAUCGCGCCGUUGAACCGCGACGUGCUGCGAAUCAAGCUGCACGUGAUUCCGGACUUUUCGUGGAAAGAUCAGGUCCACGGAACCUCGGAGUCGUUUUAUGUCUGGGUCGAGAACUCUGAAACUUCCGAGAUCUAUCACUACGAGUUCUUCAUCCUGAAUAGGAGAAAGCUCCACGACGACCACGAACUAAACUUCACCAUCCCGCUAUCAGACCCACUGCCGACGCAAAUCUACGUCAGGGCAGUAUCCGACAGGUGGCUCGGUGCCGAGACGGUCACGCCAGUCUCGUUUCAGCAUCUCAUCCGCCCUGACACGGAAAGCGUGUACACGGACCUUCUCAACUUGCAGCCGCUGCCCAUCUCGGCUCUGAAAAAUCCCGGCCUGGAGGAAAUCUACGGUCAGCGGUUCCAGUUCUUCAACCCGAUGCAGACUCAAAUCUUCCACACGCUGUACCACACGCCUGGCAACGUCCUCCUCGGAUCCCCGACGGGCAGUGGAAAGACGGUCGCGGCCGAGUUGGCCAUGUGGUGGGCUUUCCGGGAGCGACCCGGGUCCAAGGUCGUGUACAUUGCUCCCAUGAAGGCUCUGGUCCGGGAGCGCGUCAAAGACUGGGGGACGAGAUUGGCCCGCCCUCUUGGACUCAAAAUCGUCGAACUGACUGGCGAUAAUACCCCGGACACACGAACUAUCAAGGAUGCCGACAUAAUAAUCACAACUCCUGAGAAAUGGGACGGCAUCUCACGUUCUUGGCAGACCAGAGGCUACGUCAGGCAGGUGAGCUUGGUCAUAAUUGACGAGAUACAUUUGCUUGCAGGCGAUAGAGGUCCCAUUUUGGAGAUUAUUGUUUCUCGAAUGAAUUACAUUUCGUCAUUGACCAAAAACAAAGUCCGCCUCCUUGGCAUGUCCACCGCGUGCGCCAACGCCACCGACUUGGGGAGCUGGCUUGGCGUCGAGGAAGGGCUUUUCAACUUCAAGCACUCGGUCCGUCCGGUACCCCUGGAGCUCUACAUUGACGGUUUCCCGAAUAUCCGAGGGUUCUGCCCCCUGAUGCAGUCCAUGAACCGGCCAACCUUCCUGGCCAUCAAGAACCACAGUCCCAACAAGCCAGUCAUUGUCUUUGUCGCCUCUCGUAGACAGACUCGCCUGACGGCCAAAGACCUCAUCAAUUUCUGCGGCAUGGAGGACAACCCUCGCCGUUUUCUGCGCAUGGACGAGGAGGACCUGCAGCUCAACCUCGCACGGGUCAAGGACGAUGCUCUGAAGGAGGCCAUCAACUUCGGCAUCGGGCUUCAUCACGCCGGCCUGGUGGAGUCUGAUCGCCAGCUGUCCGAGGAGCUGUUUCUGAACAACAAGAUCCAGAUCCUGGUAGCGACCAGUACCCUCGCGUGGGGUGUGAAUCUGCCCGCGCACCUGGUUGUCGUCAAGGGGACUCAGUUCUACGACGCCAAGGCUGAAGGGUACAGGGACAUGGACCUCACCGACGUGCUUCAGAUGCUGGGCCGGGCCGGGCGGCCGCAGUUUGACAAUUCCGGGGUGGCGCGCAUCUUCACGCAAGAUGCCAAGAAGGACUUCUACAAGCACUUCCUGCAUACCGGAUUCCCGGUCGAGUCGUCUCUCCACACCGUGCUGGACAACCAUCUUUGCGCCGAGGUGUCGGCCGGAACCAUUGUCACCAAGCAAGACGCCCUGGACUACCUCACGUGGACCUUUUUCUUCCGGAGACUGCACAAGAACCCUUCGUACUACGGCCUAGAGCUGUCGCCCGAGGAGCACAGCACCGUGGCCGCGCAGCAGCUGGCCAACGAGUACAUGGUCGACAUGGUCAACAAGUCGCUCGACGAGCUCGCCCAGUCAAGGUGCGUCGAGGUCUUGCCCAACGGAGACGUCGACGCCACGCCCCUCGGCAAGAUCAUGAGCUACUACUACCUGUCGCACAAGACGAUCCGCCACCUGGUGCGCCACGCCAGGGCAAAUGCGUCCUUCCUCGACGUGCUCUCCUGGAUGUCCCGAGCCGCCGAGUACGACGAGCUGCCCGUCCGCCACAACGAGGACCGCGUCAACGACACGCUGUCGGCGAACCUCGCCUAUCCCGGCCACGCCUUCGGCCUGCCCAUGUGGGACCCGCACGUCAAGGCCUUCCUCCUCCUGCAGGCGCACAUGUCGCGCAUCGAGCUCCCCAUCACGGACUACGUCGGCGACCAGACCUCGGUGCUGGACCAGGCCAUCCGCAUCGUCCAGGCGUCCGUCGACGUCCUCGCCGAGCUGGGGCACCUGUCCUCGUGCCUGCAGAUGAUGAAGCUCCUGCAGUGCAUCAAGUGCGCCCGCUGGCCGACCGACGCCCCCGUCUCCAUCCUGCCCGGCAUCGAGCCCGACUCGACCGAGGACGAGACCACGCUGGCCGAAGUCGGCGCGGCCAAGCCCUCGGAAGUGGCCAGCCUCGGCAAGCGCCUCGGUCUCGGGUCGAGCCAGCUGCUGUCGCGCUUCGCCCACGCCGCGUCGCUGCUUCCCGACGUGUCGGUGUCGGCCGAGCACGUCACGUGGCGCUCCCUUACCGUCGCUCUGAGGCGCGUCAACGCUCUCGUGGACCGCGGCGCGCGCAUCUACGCGCCCAGGUUCCCCAAGCCCCAAGCCGAAGGCUGGUUCGUGCUAGUCGCCGACGUGCAACGCGACGAGGUCAUUGCCGUCAAGAGGGCCACGUGGACCAGCACCGGCGUGCCGUCCGCCAGGGUUGUCAUGAAGCUGCCGGAGCCGCAGCAAGGUCAGGCCAGGAAAGUGGACGUGCUGGUCGUCAGCGACGGAUACGUAGGACUGGAAUACCGGCUCCUGGGCGUGGACAUUCCAGCGCCUGCUGCGACGCAAGACGACGACGGUUGA